CUGAGACCGUGUUUGAUGGAGGUGAGCCGUGCGCACUGGAGCACGCGUGUGCGGGAGCGUGCGCUGUGGAGGGACGCUGCGGGCCGGCUGCCGCUGGAGCUGAGCGGAGGAGCGGAGACCGGACACUUCAUCUGGAUCUGCCCGCUGAGCUCAGCCGCUCACAGGGACAUUCUGCUGGAGGUGGAGGGCCUGCCGGUGUCGGGACUGCACCUCUAUGAUGUGCUGAACGUCCUGAAGAACUGUGAGGAUCCUAUCAGAAUCAAAACUGUCAAAGCAGGAGGCAGGCUGAAGAAAGACUUGAGUUAUUUCUUGAGUCAGCGCUUUCAGAAAGGCUCGGCGGAUCAGCAGCUGCAGGAGAGCGUCAGGAUCAACCUGUACCACUACGCCGCACCAUGUACGACCCGUCGCCCUCGAGACGGCGAGCUUCAUGGUGUGCAUUACAACUUCCUGUCUGAGGAGGAUUUUCUGGAGCUGGAUCGGCGUGGAGCGCUGUUAGAGAUCGGGACGUAUGAUGGUAACUAUUAUGGGACACCCAAGCCGCCCAACCAGCCUCUCAGUAGGACACUGAUUACCCACGAUGCUUUGCGAGACAGAUUCACUGGUUCCCAGAAGUCCUGCGAUCGCAUGCAGCAUGCAGGAGUAGUGCAGACAGAGCUGCAGGAGGAUGCAGACAGCAGCGCAGACAUGAACAACACAUUUACAGGAGACUCCAGCCGGCCGGACACACACGGCGUGGUGCGAGAAAAUGCCCCCACCUACGUGCUGAACAACAUGGCUGCGUCGCCCACGUCCAAACACCCGGGACUCCCUCCGGACCAGGACCCGCUCGGACCGCUGCCGGACAACUGGGAGACGGCCUACACGGAGAACGGAGAGAUUUACUUCAUCGACCACAACACAAAGACAACCUCAUGGAUGGACCCUCGAUGUCAGGACAAACCGCCCAAACCUCUGGAGGACUGUGAAGAUGAUGAGGGUGUACACACAGAAGAGCUGGACACUGAUCUCGAACUGCCGCCCGGCUGGGAGAAGAUCGAUGACCCUGUGUACGGAGUCUACUAUGUUGAUCAUAUUAACCGUAAGACUCAGUACGAGAACCCUCUUCUGGAGGCCCGGCGUAAGAAGCAGCUGGACGCGCAGCAGUCGCCUGAAGGCGGUCGCUACAUCAGAGAAUGGAUCGAGGAGCACUCGUCUGCUGGAGCCGCCAUCGGCUCUUAUGUGCCCAGUCAUCUGGAGACGUACAGAGACCCUCAGAGCUGUCCGUCAGCUCCUCAGGCCCCCGGGCCCAAACGAGGAAAGCCGUUCUUCACCCGUAAUCCCGCCGAACUGAAGGGCACGUUCAUAAGCACUAAGCUGCUGAAGAGCAGGCGAGGCUUUGGCUUCACUGUGGUCGGCGGGGACGAGCCGGACGAGUUCUUACAGAUCAAGAGUCUGGUGCUGGACGGACCGGCCGCUGUGGACGGAAAGAUGGAAACAGGUGACGUGAUUGUUAGUGUGAAUGACACCAUCGUCUUAGGAUACACUCAUGCUCAGGUGGUGAAGAUAUUCCAGUCCAUCCCGAUCGGCUCCAUGGUCCAGCUGGAGCUGUGCCGCGGCUACCCUCUGCCCUUUGACCCCGACGACCCCAACACCAGUCUGGUCACCUCCGUGGCCAUUCUGGACAAAGAGCCCAUCAUAGUCAACAGUCAGGAGGGCUUCGAGCCGAUCCCCGGCAUGGCUGUUCCGCUGGCGGCCGGCGGCGGGACGGUCGGCGUGGUCUCGGGUCACGAGCCCGUCCCGUACAGCCCUGCGGCAGGAGAGCGCGCUGCUGUGACGGCCGACAGCUGCCUCGGCUACGCCAGUGAUGUGGUGACUCUGGCGUCGUCCAUCGCGACGCAGCCCGAGCUGAUCACGGUCCACAUCGAGAAGGGCGACAAAGGCUUCGGAUUCACCAUGGCAGACAGUCUGGUGGGUGGAGGGCAGAAGGUGAAGCAGAUCGUGGAUUACCCACGGUGCCGAGGGCUGAAGGAGGGCGACAUCCUGCUGGAGGUCAACAAGAGGAGCGUGCAGGGCAUGAGCCACAACCAGGUGGUGGAUCUUCUCAGCAAAUGCCCACGAGGAAGUGAAGUUACUAUGCUAGUGCAAAGAGGAGUCCUGCAGCCCAAGAGAAGCCCUAAAGUGCUGCAGUUGGAACGGAAGGACAGUCAGGGCAGCUCUCAGCACAGCGUGUGCAGUCAUCGCAGCGCACACACAGACUCACCUGGCCGCCCGGUGCCCGUCGGGCCCUCUGACGCACUGGGAGCCCCUCCGCCCGUCCCACCGCCCCCCACCCAGCCGCUGCCCGUCCUGCCGCCCUUUGAACCCCCCGCAGCCAAUGGGACGCUCCAGAAGAAGCCGGACCCCUUCAAGAUCUGGGCGCAGUCCAGGACCAUGUAUGAGAGCCGCUUGCCAGACUCUCAAGAACAAGACAUUUUCCUUUGGAGGAAAGACACAGGCUUUGGCUUCCGGAUCCUGGGCGGAAAUGAACCUGGAGAACCGAUCUACAUAGGGCACAUCGUGAAGUACGGGGCGGCGGAUGAGGACGGCCGGCUGCGGUCCGGAGACGAGCUCAUCUGUGUGGACGGCACGGCGGUAGUGGGAAAGUCUCAUCAGCUGGUGGUGCAGCUCAUGCAGCAGGCGGCCAAACAGGGUCACGUCAACCUCACCGUACGCCGCAAGACCGCCUACGGAGUGUAUAAGGGCGAGGGGGACGUUCCUCCGUCUCCGGCCUCGUCUCACCACAGCAGCACACAGGCGCCGUCGCUCACGGAGGAGAAGCGGACGCCGCAGGGCAGCCAGAACUCGCUCAACACCGUCAGCUCGGGCUCCGGCAGCACCAGCGGCAUCGGCAGCGGCGGCGGCGGCGGCAGCGGCAGUACGGUGGUGGCCCUGCAGCCCUACGAUGUGGAGAUCCAGCGGGGCGAGAACGAGGGCUUCGGCUUCGUCAUCGUGUCGUCCGUGUCGCGGCCUGAUGCGGCCACUACCUUUGCUGGAAACACAUGCGCGUCGAUGCCUCAUAAAAUCGGUCGGAUCAUCGAGUUCAGUCCCGCGGACCGUUGUGGAAAGCUGAAGGUGGGCGAUCGGAUCCUAGCGGUCAACGGCUGCUCCAUCACCAACAAAUCCCACUCUGACAUCGUCAACCUGAUCAAAGAGGCCGGCAACACGGUCACGCUGCGUAUCAUCCCCGGAGACGAGACAUCAAAUGCCUCACUACUGACCAACGCAGAGAAGAUCGCCACCAUCACCACUACACACACACCUCAGAGCAGCACAGAGCCCAGGAAUAACAAACCCAAGCAAGCUCUGACCCAACCGCCAACCUACAAUCAGGAGGCAGAGUUUUAUUCGGUUGAUCUGGAGAGGGAAAGUAAGGGUUUUGGCUUCAGUCUGAGAGGCGGUAAGGAGUAUAACAUGGAUCUGUACGUGCUGCGAUUAGCUGAGGACGGAGCUGCUGUCAGAAACGGCAAGAUGAGGGUUGGUGAUGAAAUUCUGGAGAUCAACGGUGAAAGUACAAAAAAUAUGAAACAUUCCCGCGCCAUCGAGCUGAUCAAGAACGGAGGAAGACGAGCUCGACUGGUGCUGAAGAGAGGAGAUGGAUCCGUCCCAGAGUACGACGGCCCAAAUGACAGCUACCCUCCCUCGCCCGGGCCACAAAAUAAUUCGGAAAUGAGGACUUUGCUGGUCAGUGGCCCGUUUCAUCCUCCGUCAGAGUCCAGCUAUACAUCCGAAUAUCACACCCCAUCCCAGCCCAAGCAGCAGCAACUGAAGGACAGACAGCCGGAGCCGGCGAGGGAGCGAGAGAACGACAACAGCCCGGCUCCGCACCACUUGUCCUGGAACAACCAGCCCAGCCCCAAAAACAACUCCCACCGCAGGGUCAAGAAGUCUGACUCCGAGAGCGGCAUUGCCAAGCUCUUCAAAACAUUAAGGAAAGAGGGCGGAUUUGGGAGGAAAACUUCCAAUCAGGAUCUACAGAGGCGAGGCCGCAAACCAUCCGUAGACACGCAAGGUAGCGCUGGAUCUCAGGUGCGUAGUGGAUCCUUGGAUCGCUCCUCCGGCCGGAAGCGCAACAGCUCUCCAGACCGCCAUAGAGCAAAGUCUGUGGACCGACGAAUAACACGAUCCUAUAAAGAUCAGUCCCCUGAACGAAGUUAUCAAGCCUCUUCCCAGGACCUGCUGAGCCAGAUCUCCACUCCAGAAAGGCAUUUCCGGCCCCAAAAAGAGCCCCAAACACCCCGUCGCAACUACAACAGUGAGGGCUACUUUACGUCCACCCCGGAGCGACCAAACAAGCCCAUGGCCCAUACUCUCGGUCGCACACCUGAACGCGGUUUAAAAAACAGGAACGUCCUGCACAACGGCUCUCCAUCCGGUCAAGCUGAGAGACAAGGAUAUUUCCUCAACGGAUCCAGUGAGAGACACUUCCACAGGAGAUCAGACAGCAGCAGUGACGGAAGUUACCUGGAAGAGGGCGCCACUCCACAGCUGAGGGAUUAUUACAACGCUCUGAAAGCCAGCAGCGCAAACGGGAGCGGUGUGGGCCGAGGCCUGGGCCAGAACUCUGCGAACAAGAGACGGCUUUACAAGGAGAACCACGCAGACCUCAGCAUCUGACCGCUUCACCGCAGCUUCAACAAUGGGUUUUUCUAGUUUUCAUCCAUCCAUUUGUUUUUAUAUGUUGUGUUGGGAGUGAGAUCCAUGUUUUGUUUAGAAGAUACGGAUACUUAACUGUUUAUUUUCUACAAAUGUGUCCUCUUCUCUCCAAAUUGAGAUUUAUUGAACCAGAGCACAAGCAUUCAACGUUUGUUUCUUUGUUUGUACAUUUGAAUAGUUGUGGCAAAACCAGAACUCCAACUAUGAUGCUACUGUUUGAGUAAGUAAUAUAUUUAAGCUGUAUAUUUAUUUUGAAAAAUUGAAAUGUAACUUGAUGGGAUGAAAAAGCAUCAUUCGGUCUUAGUCUGUUGUACACUAUCUGACCUUGUUUGUCGUAACACUGCACUGGACUGAGGCUCGAGCCGCCCAUACGCAAAAAAGCGCUGAAGAAACGAGAGCAGAAAGACAUUAUCUUGUGGCACAGAGUUUGUUCGCUUCUUGCUGUUGUUGUUUUGUUUUUGCCAUAAUCACCAGAAAUUAGACUAAAGGCACAUGUGUACAGUUGAGAAAACUUGACCCAACAUUAGCUUAAAGCAAGUUAUUACAAAAUGUAUAUUUUAUGAACUAAUCAGGUGCUUUUAAAAAGUGAUUUAAAGUGCAUUCAAGCUGUACAUGUUAUCAGAAUGUGUUCCUCGGGAAUGAAAGCACUGAGAGCAGUUGAGCUACAGGAACAUAGCCAAUACAUGCAAACACUGGAGUUAUGAAAUAUGGGAAAAGUCGUCUGAUUUUAGUCCAGUUCGCAAUCAUUUUAAUUAGAGGUCUGGAAUAUUUUGAAUCGUCCCUUACAGAGCCACAUUUACCUCCACAACGUAGAGUACCAAAGGCCAUUGACAUGCUCUGAAUCUCUGAACAGUGUUGAAAAAUGUGGCACAUGGACAGCAGCACAUGAUUUGGACCUGAAUGUACAGUUACAGCACGGAAGAUUCAGAAGACCACAUGAGAACGGCACCUGGCACAAUCUGCCACACUGAGCCACUGCGUGUUUUCCGUCACGCUCUCCGGAGCAUACACACAUGCAAUACGUGUUUGUUUGGGAACACAUUUGGACUGGACCGUAAUCUCUCAACCAGGAACAAGAACAGGGAAUUCCUUCAGUGUCAUCUGAAUAGUACUGUAUGGAAAUGAACGGAUCAGCCGCUGUCUUUUGUACAGACUUUUAUUACUGUAUGUACUUCGAACCCGUGUAGGUAAGGAUACUGCUGCCUUUUCUCUGUACAAAAAAAGAGUUUAUGAAAGAUGUCCACCUAGAAGAAGAUACUAACAUGUUUAUACUCGUCUCACGGGGACUACGAUGACGUGUACUCAGAAUCAGGCAUAUGUAAAGUUAUUUUUGUUUUCCUCUCUCCAGGGAAGAUGGGAGACUGAUGUUUUUCAAGGAAGGCGGUUGAAUAUCUGUCGUGAUGGAUAGCCUGCUUUUUUUCUAGAGAUCUUGUAUACUGUCUGUGGUCUCUGCAAAGUUCUAUGGAUUUUAAAUGCUUUUUUCUGUCGAUAAAAUGGUCUAAUGAUUUUUUUUUUUUUUUUUUUUUUUUUUUACAAAA